GGAAAGCUGCUCCGUUCGCGGGUUCUCAGGCGAACAUCAUGGACGCGGACAUGGCCGAGGCGUCGAGCCGCCAGAAACCGAUGGAAAGCAGCCUAAAGACGGACUCGGAGGCCGUGGAGCCUCCGUCUCGGAGCUCCUACGAGCUGCCGUGGGUGGAGAAGUACCGGCCGCUGAAGCUGAGUGAGAUCGUGGGGAACGAGGAGACCGUGAGCCGCCUGGAGGUGUUCGCCCGGGAGGGGAACGUCCCGAACAUCAUCAUCUCAGGUCCUCCCGGCACAGGAAAGACCACCAGCAUCUUGUGUUUGGCCCGGGCUCUGCUGGGAGCCUCGAUGAAGGACGCCGUGCUGGAGCUGAACGCCUCCAACGACAGGGGCAUCGACGUGGUGAGGAACAAGAUCAAGAUGUUUGCUCAGCAGAAGGUCACGCUGCCUAAAGGUCGGCACAAGAUCAUCAUCCUGGACGAAGCUGACAGCAUGACGGACGGAGCCCAGCAGGCCCUCAGGAGGAUCAUGGAGAUCUACUCCAGGACGACGCGCUUCGCCCUCGCCUGCAACGCCUCCGAUAAGAUCAUCGAGCCGAUCCAGUCCCGCUGCGCCGUGCUGCGCUACUCCAAGCUGACGGACGGACAGAUCCUGGCCCGGCUGCAGGACGUGGUGGACAAGGAGCGCCUGUCCGUGUCCGACGACGGGCUGGAGGCCGUCAUCUUCACAGCGCAGGGAGACAUGAGACAGGCGCUGAACAACCUGCAGUCCACCAACUCGGGCUUCGGCUUCAUCAACAGCGAGAACGUGUUCAAGGUGUGCGACGAGCCCCACCCCCUGCUGGUGAAGAGCAUGCUGGGACACUGCGUGGAGGGGAACAUCGACGAGGCCUACAAGGUGGUGGAGCAGCUGUGGGCUCUGGGCUACUCUCCAGAAGACAUCAUCGGAAACAUCUUCAGGGUCUGCAAGACCUACCAGAUGGCCGAGUACCUCAAACUGGAGUUCAUCAAG